UCCAUCUCCGGUCCCUGUAAUUAGUCACAAGCGGAGCAGAGGCAGAGGGUGCAUUUGCCUCUUCCCUUGAGCUCUGAGAGGUUCUUAUAAUGGCUACUUGGCGUUGAGAGACAACAGGAGAAGAUGGUUCAACCUCUGAACCAACUUGAAGGGACGCUAUUAACAAAAGAAUUAAGCUUGUAUGGUUCUCUUAAGAUUAUACACAAACUGUUUCCACCCAAAUUCUGUUCAUAUGUUGGAAAUACUGUUAAAUUUAAGUACCCUGAAGUUCGAUCAUCUUCACAAGGUGGUUUUCAGGUUGCAGAUCAAAGCAGAAGGUCGCCUGAAUAUAAGGCUGACUAUUGUAAUGUGGGAGAAUCAGAGGCCCUCCCAUACGUACAAACUCUUAGAGAAAUUCCUAAGGAGGAACUUGCAGAAAAAGUUGUCAUGGUCAGAUUUGAUAGUGCAAUUUUGUUAAGGGAAGAACUGGACCAGCGCCCACAAUCAGUUUUCAAUGCAAUUUCUACCAUCAAGUAUAUAUAUGCACACGGAGCCAAAGUAAUACUUGUGAGCAACUGGAGGAGGAAAUAUAACUCAAUGCUUCUUGAUGCUGAGUCUGCUGCAGAUAUCCUAUCAUCUGUUCUCCAACACAAAGUUGUUGUCCUACUAUGUAUUUCUAGAAAUGUGCCAUUGAAGAAGGAAGUCCUCCACAAAGCAGAUAUAUUUCUUCUUGAGAAUCUUUCUCAGUUUAAAGAGGAAGUAUCCAACUGUUCAAAGUUUGCUGAAUUACUAUCUUCAGGAGUUGAUAUUUUUGUUAAUGACUCCUUUUCCUUGUCUCAUAAAAUCCUUGCAUCAACGGUUGCCAUUGCUCGUUUUUGCUCUGCUCACGUGGCUGGUAUUCAUUUUGAGGGGAGCCUCUAUCGAUUAAAGAAGGCCACGAACCCAAACAAAAAACCUUACAUUGCAAUUAUUGGAGGGGGCAAUAUCUAUGAUAAAGCCGCUGCCUUGCAUUUUUUAGCUUCAAAAUGUGAUGGAUUGGUCUUUAUUGGAAUGAUGUCAUUUCAAAUAAUGCAUGCCUUAGGAUAUUCUGUUCCUUCAAGUUUGAUAGAGCCUGGGGCCCAUAAAGCUGCUGUGGACAUAAUUCACUUUGCACAUGACAGAAAUAUUCCAAUUCUGUAUCCUAAGGAUUUUUGGUGUGUGAAUGAUUGCCUACCAAAUCGAAUGGAAGUGGUUCCUGCUCAUGGUAUUUUGGAUGGUUGGUCACCUGUUGAUCUUGGGCCUAGGUCAGUGGAUGAUAUAAAGUCUUUACUUAUGAAAUGCAAGAAAAUUAUAUGGAUUGGUCCACUGAAAUUCAAAUUAUCAAGUCCAUGUAUAAAUGAAGCAUCUAAAUUGGCUAGAAUGCUUGAUGAACUAAGUCAACAAAAUUGCGAUGUGACUGUUGUGGGGAAGAUGGCAUACAAAACCAUAAUGAUGGAAUCAAGUUCUCUUUCGGCUUAUAGCAUAAUUGAGAGUGGCUCAGUUGUAUGGGAGUUUUUCAAAGGAAGGAAGCUUCCUGGAAUCAUGGCCUUAGAUAGAGCACAUCCAUUCAAGAUUGAUUGGUGUUCUGCUUACAAUGAUCCAGCUCAACCAUUGAUAGUUGAUAUUGGAAGUGGUACUGGACUUUUUCUUCUGGGAAUGGCUAGAAGAAGAAAAGAUUUAAAUUUUCUGGGAUUAGAGAUCAACAAAAAGCUUGUAACACGUUGUCUGGAUUCCGUUCAUCAGUCUGGCAUUUUCAAUGGGCACUUCAUUGCAACAAAUGCAACAACAACAUUUCGUUCCAUCGUUUCUAGUUAUCCAGGACAGUUAGUCCUUGUCUCAAUACAGUGCCCAAAUCCUGAUUUCAACAACCCAGAACAUAGAUGGAGAAUGUUGCAACGGUCAUUGAUUGAAGCUGUGAUAGAUCUGCUUGCACAAGAUGGGAAGGUAUUUCUGCAAUCUGACAUAGAAGCAGUUGCAGUAAGGAUGAAAGAAUUAUUCCUAAAAUAUGGCCAGGGUAGGCUCACCCUUUUAGAUGAAGCAUGGCUUGAGGAGAAUCCUUUUGGAGUGAGAUCAGACUGGGAACAACAUGUUUUAGAUCGCGGGGCCCUAAUGUACAGAUUAAUGCUUUCCAAAUCAACUAAUGUUGAGUGAUAUUAAGAGUGUCUGGUGUGUGAAAUCUGGCUAUACCUGUUCCUUUUUGAAGAUGUCAUAUCAUCAUACUUCUAGAUCAUUUAUAUAGCAUUUCACUGUGAGUUGGACCAGUGCCUUCACUUCUUGGGGGCAGGUAAUUUCUUCUGGAAUCUGGACAUGUUACCUUGCAUUGGUUAUCCAUAACCGAAAUGCUGCAUUGCUUGUAAUAUCAAUUCUCUUUGAGAAAUGGCUGUUCAAUGAUAUUUCAGGAAACUAAUUUUAUGAAGUUGCGGUGAUGAACAGCCCCAAGAAAGGGGUUGUACACUAUGUGUUGUUGAUAACGUUCAGGACAAUUCAGAUAAGACAGGUGCAAAAAAGAACAAGCUAUGGGAGUAAUCACCAAUUGCUACUAACAGUUAUCAAAACUCUGUUCACUUGAAGAAGUCAACAUGAUCUGAGAAAGGCUUCAGUUUUGCUUUAAAACUAUUUAUCCUCUUUUUUCGUUUCCUUUAUAGGAUGAAUAAUAGAAAACAGAGAUUAAAUUCUCUUUCAUCUGAUGUUGAAUUGGUACCUGUUAACUUUCUGGAGUUGAUUAUUAUCUAUUAGCCCUUUUCUUUC